AUGGCCUCUCUCGGUGAUGAUUUGCUCGUCACGGUAAACAAACUUCAGGACCUGGUUUUCAAUACCAUCGGCAACGAUUCUCUCGAUCUACCGCAGAUUGUUGUGGUCGGUUCGCAAUCUUCCGGAAAGUCCUCCGUCCUAGAGAAUAUCGUUGGUCGCGACUUUCUUCCCCGGGGCAGCGGAAUCGUGACGAGAAGACCCUUGAUUCUGCAACUGAUCAAUGUCUCCGACGAAGAAGACGACAGCAGUUUGGCCGCACACGGAGAAUGGGCCGAGUUUCAUCAUUUGCCGGGACGAAAAUUUGAGGACUUCGCUCAGGUGAAACAAGAGAUUGAAAAUGAGACGGCACGCAUAGCAGGAAGCAACAAGGGUAUCAACCGGCAACCGAUUAACUUGAAAAUUUUCUCCCCUCAUGUCUUGAAUUUGACUCUGGUCGACUUGCCUGGUUUGACCAAGGUGCCAAUCGGCGACCAGCCUUCUGACAUUGAGAAACAAACCCGGACCCUCAUCUCAGAGUACAUUGCGAAGCCCAACAGUAUCAUUCUCGCCGUCUCUCCUGCAAACGUUGACCUUGUCAAUUCGGAAGCAUUGAAGCUUGCGCGCCAUGUAGACCCGAUGGGACGAAGGACUAUUGGCGUGUUGACCAAAUUGGAUCUCAUGGAUCACGGCACCAACGCGUUGGACAUCCUGUCUGGUCGUGUCUAUCCACUGAAGCUGGGCUUUAUUGGUGUUGUCAACCGAUCUCAGCAAGAUAUCCAGAGCGGCAAGUCACUGAGCGAGGCGUUGAAGGCUGAGGCAGACUUUUUCAGGCACCACCCAGCAUACCGAAACAUGGCCAUACGUUGCGGAACCCAAUUUCUCGCCAAGACAUUGAACUCGACAUUGAUGGCACAUAUCCGGGAUAGACUCCCAGACAUCAAGGCUCGACUCAAUACUCUGAUGGGACAGACGCAGCAAGAAUUGGCUAGCUACGGAAACAAACAGUUCAGUGGAAAGGAACACAGAGGCUCUCUCAUUCUACAAUUGAUGACCCGCUUUGCAUCAUCAUUUAUUUCUUCGAUCGACGGUACAUCUUCAGAAAUAUCGACGAAAGAACUUUGCGGCGGUGCUCGCAUAUACUACAUUUUCAACUCUGUUUUUGGUCAUUCGUUAGAAACUAUCGACCCCACUCACAACCUCACAGUAUACGAUAUCAGGACAGCCAUACGAAACUCGACUGGACCGCGACCUAGCUUAUUCGUGCCAGAACUGGCAUUUGAUCUGCUGGUGAAACCACAAAUCAAACUUUUGGAAAUCCCCAGUCAAAGAUGUGUCGAACUUGUAUAUGAAGAAUUGAUCAAGAUUUGCCACACUUGCGGAUCUCAGGAAUUGUCUCGAUUCCCGCGUCUUCAAGGCAAACUCAUUGAAGUCGUGUCUGACCUCCUCCGCGAGCGUUUAGGACCGUGCUCAACCUAUGUGGAAUCCCUCAUUGCUAUACAGAGAGCAUACAUCAACACAAACCACCCGAAUUUCCUAGGCGCAGCCGCCGCUAUGUCUUCCGUGGUGCAAAACAAGCAGGAACAGGAAAAGAAAGCCAUACUCGCUGAAGAACGCAAGAAGCGGGAAAAGAGAAGGCUGAAGGACAUGGGCGAAACCAACGGAGUUACAGAGGAAGAUGAAGACCAGCAUGCAGAGUCCCAAAGCAGAAACUUGCCUAUUCGGGGAACUGCAGCAGGUCAGAGGACAAUGUCUCCGCAUGUUGAGACUGGAGUAAAUGGUUCACCGCCGGUAUUUGGAGCUGCAAACACCGCCCGAGAUUCGUUCUUGAACUACUUUUUUGGUAAAGAUGGAGUGCCAUCGUCAGGACCACUCCCUCAACCAACACAAGCCGGACAGGGCCGACGUGUUGGCCAUACCGUCGAGCCAAGUAUCAGCCAAAGUAUACGCCGUAGCGAAGCUCGAUCACCCGCGAUACCCCAGGAAGACUACAGCGCCCCAGUUUCCGACUAUGGCCGGGACGUUGCACAAUUCCCCACCGAAAACGUUGAACCAAACUUAACCGAUCGCGAAAUCAUGGAAACGGAACUCAUCCGCCGUUUGAUAUCAUCCUACUUCAACAUUGUCCGCGAAACCAUCGCCGACCAAGUGCCUAAAGCAGUCAUGCACCUGCUCGUCAACCACAGCAAGGACGUCGUCCAAAACCGACUCGUCAGCGAACUGUACAAGGAAGAAUUAUUCAGCGAUCUGCUGUAUGAAGACGACGGCAUCAAAGCCGAACGGGAGAAAUGUGAACGAUUAUUGGAGACGUAUAAAGAGGCGGCGAAGAUCGUGGGUGAGGUUCUGUAG